ACUUCGAGGUGUUUGUCGAAGUUUUAGCAAGAAAAAAGUGCUUCAAGUUUAACUCUGACAACAAUGGCUUCGGUCAUGAUCAUGAGAAAGUUUGUCUGCGAUCGGCUGACGGCGGCCGCGCAGGAAAUACUGGGAGCCUUUGAGAAGAAAAUUGAUGAUUAUGAGUUAGAAAUCGCUCGUCAACGCAGACUGCUGGACACCGUUUUGACGCCUCAGUUAAGGCUUCACAGGACAGACCUCUCACAGACAAUUGUCCAUAAGGAGGAAGAGGACCUUCACCUGGACCAGCAGCAGCAACUGAAUAACCGGGACAGAAAUGCAAGCCUGAUACAACAAGGUCCCCCUCAGGUUAAGCAUGAAGAAGAGGAAAUGUGCAUCAGUCAGAAACAACAGCAGGUGCCGGAGACUGAUGCCUCUAAUUUGACUCAUAAGGAAAGUGUCCGCAGUGAUCAAACUCAGCCUUUGAACCCUGAUCAAACUCAGAAUGCAGCGCAGAAAGAUCCUCAAUCCAACAAGGAUGCAGUGACUGCAUCUGACAGGGAGAGUUCUGCAGGAUCAGAACCAAACAGUGACCACCGGCUCCUCUCUGACAGCUCUUGUGUAGCUGGGAGCGAAGAUCACAUAACUGGUAACAAUGGAAGUGCACCGCCAACAGAACAUACCGAGUCAACACCAAAUGAGAAAAGCCCUGAUGAGAACACAACAUCAGCUACAAGUACUGAGCAAACACUAAACAAGAAAAGCAGUGAUGAGAACACAACCGCAAACAAAGAUACUGAGCCAACACCAAAUACGAAACAAAAGGAAGACAACGCAGCACCAGCCAGUAACAAUGAGACCACAAAAUCCACUACAAGCAGUGAUCCCACACCAAACAAGGAAUGCAACAGUGAAAACAAUACAGCAACAGGUACCAAACUAACACCAAAUGAGAAAUCCAACAGUGAGACUACAACAUCAACCAGAGUUUGUGAGCCCAACGAUGAAAACCCAACAUCAACCGGAGUUUGUGAGCCCAACGAUGAAAACCCAACAUCAACCGGAGUUUGUGAGCCCAACGAUGAAAACCCAACAUCAACCGGAGUUUGUGAGCCCAACGAUGAAAACCCAACAUCAACCGGAGUUUGUGAGCCCAACGAUGAAAACCCAACAUCAACCGGAGUUUGUGAGCCCAACGAUGAAAACCCAACAUCAACCGGAGUUUGUGAGCCCAACGAUGAAAACCCAACAUCAACCGGAGUUUGUGAGCCCAACGAUGAAAACCCAACAUCAACCAGAAGUAUGGAGACUGCACCACAAAAGAGAUGUACCCAUGCGAACACUGCAUCAAAUGCAGGUACUGACGCAACAACAAAUGAGAAAUGUAAGGAUAAGGCCACAGCAUCAGAUGAACAUAAAGAACCAACAUCAAGCAAAAAACUUAAGUCAACAUCCACUAGAAGCACCAGGCCAACACCAAAAAAGACACCCAAUGUUGAGAAUACAACAUCAACCAAAAGCACUGAACCAACAUCAAAUAAGAAACACAGAAAUGAGAGCACAACAGAAAAUGCAAGUACUGAUCCAAGUCCAGAUAGGAACACGACAUCAGAUAAAUGUAACAAGCCAACACCAAAGAAGAAACCCAGUGAUGGGAAAACAACUUCAACUAGAAGUACUGAGGCGAUGCGGAAAAAGACACACAAUGUUGAAUUAGCAUUCUAUGAGAAGAGAUCACGUAAACCUCCUAAACCGAAGCCAGCUCCAGAGACGGAUGAUGAAAAUGAGAACAUGGAAUCAACUGGAAAUACUGAGUCAACACUAAAUAAGAAAUCCAGUGAUGGGAAAGCAACACCAGAUAAGAAACGUAACAAUGAGACAAGAACAUCAAAUGGAAGUACUAAGCAAACACCAAAGAAGAAAACUGACGAAGGAAACAUGUCUACAAAAAGUAAAGAGUCAAACUCACGCAAGAGAUCUAACGUUGGGAACUCAACAGCAAAUAAGAGCACCGACCAAAGAUCAGACAAGAAAUAUAAGGAUGAAAAUACAGCAUCAGCAGGAAAUGUAGAGCCAACGCCAAGUGGUCGACAGAAGACUAGGAGCACAUCAUCAAAUGCAGCUGCUGAGCCAACACCGAAAAAGAAAACCCGGACAUCCGCUGGAAGUACAGAGACCGAAGACAAUCCUUUCAAGUGUGACAGGUGUGGAAAAGUAAUGUCUAAUUUCAAAAACUACAAAUUUCACAUGAAAUCCCAUACCGUUGACAAGUCUUUUAAGUGCGAGACUUGUGGCAAAAUGUUCAGGGAGAGUUGGGAUUUGAAUAAACACGUGGUAAUCCACGCUAAAGAGAAGCCUUUCAAAUGCAAGGUUUGCGGAAAAGAAUUCAACUGGCGUUACAAUCAUGACCUGCAUGCCAGGGUUCACACCGGGGAAAGGCCGUACGUGUGCAGCUUUUGUGGGAGAUGCUUCAUCUCAUGUGUGAAUAUGAAAAAGCACAUGAGAACUCAUACAGGGGAGAAGCCUUACACCUGCAGCGACUGUGGGAGGGAGUUUGCGGAUUGUUCGUCUUUCAAGAUUCAUAGGCGUAUACACACUGGGGAGAAGCCUUACAAGUGUUCCUUUUGCAAGAGAACUUUUGCCACCAAGACGACGUUGACGAGACACACCAGAACGCACACCGGUGAAAAGCCAUAUAAGUGCGAGACAUGUGAAAAGAUGUUCCGUCACAAAACAGAUUUGAAACAACAUGUUAGGUUACAUACUGGGGAAAAACCAUAUGAAUGCGUUACUUGUGGGGAAAAGUUCUCCACCUGGAUAAAGCUCGACAAACACAAGAAAAAGAAACACAUAAAGGCUCCAGACAGCGCCACCGUUUAA